UCAGCUGGGGCUGGAGCGAGGCGUCGGGAUGCAGCGCCCCGGGCCCUUCAGCACCCUCUACGGGCGGGUCCUGGCCCCGCUGCCCGGGCGGGCCGGGGGCGCGGCCUCUGGAGGAGGCGGGAACAGCUGGGCCCUCCCGGGCUCCCUCGUGCAGCUGCCGGGGCGUGAACAGUCCGGGACCCGAAGUGGUACGGGCGCCUUAAGCACCAGCGGCCCGGACUCCAACAGGGUCGGCCCGGCCCAAUCCACGAUGUCCAAGGCCGAGGAGGCGAAGAAGCUGGCGGGUCGCGCGGCCGUGGAAAACCACGUGAGGAAUAACCAAGUGCUGGGAAUUGGAAGUGGUUCCACAAUUGUUCAUGCUGUGCAGCGAAUAGCUGAAAGAGUGAAGCAAGAGAAUCUGAAUCUCGUCUGCAUCCCCACUUCCUUCCAGGCCCGGCAGCUCAUCCUACAAUAUGGCUUAACCCUCAGUGACCUGGAUCGACACCCAGAGGUAUCAGGUUUUAGGACUGUUCUUCCUAUAUUAAGUUCUUUAGCAUCCAGCAGUCUGAUGGUGGGACUCAGCAGAUUUGAGUUUCCUGUAUGUGACCUUACACCUCCUAUGUUCACUUCUUUUCUCAGAGGCUGCUUGACUCAGGAGAAGAUUGUGGCUGGCUAUGCCAGUCGGUUCAUUGUGAUUGCUGAUUUCAGGAAAGAUUCAGUGAAUCUUGGGGAUCAGUGGCACAAGGGAAUCCCUAUUGAGGUCAUCCCAAUGGCCUAUGUCCCAGUGAGCCGAGCUGUGACCCGGAAGUUUGGGGGUGAAGUUGAACUUCGAAUGGCUGUCAACAAGGCAGGUCCUGUGGUGACAGAUAACGGAAACUUUAUCCUGGACUGGAAGUUUGACCGGGUGCACAAAUGGAGUGAAGUGAAUACAGCUAUUAAAAUGAUCCCAGGUGUGGUAGACACGGGUCUGUUCAUCAACAUGGCUGAGAGAGUGUACUUUGGGAUGCAGGAUGGCUCGGUGAACAUGAGGGAAAAGCCUUUCUCUUGACCCUCUAAGGAGCCGUGUGCUCACCUUCAGUCUCUCCAGCCACAGCCAAGGUGGAUGUGUCUCUCCUGGAGCCUUUGCCUUAAUGUAUCCUGCCAGGGCGGACAGUUGUGGGAAGUGGGGAGAAGUUAAAUCAGUCUUCUGAAGUAUUGUUAUUAUGUGUCUUUUUAAAAAGAAAUUUAAACAUAUAUAUUUUUACUAUUAAAAUAUUCAGUUUUUUUAUACAGUAGAACUUGAUUUCAUGUUUUAUAUGAAACAUUUACCAAAAAAUAAAAACGAGCAAGAGAGUACAGGACUGUAUUAGAUAUCUUCAACUCUAGCCUGUUGAUUAAGCUUCUGAAUUAUUGGGUUUACUGAGAAAAAUUACUGUCUUUGAAGUUGGUGAAAUGAAGGGCAACUGGCAGUGACUUCCUGAUGCCUUACUAGACACAUUGUUUACUUUCCUGCCACUUUGUUUGGUUUUUAGGUAGCUUUCAUUGUGAUCACGCACAAUAUCUACUCACAUUUUAAGGUCAGAUUGACAAAAGACUGGGGUGGAGCAGUGUGGUAUAGUGAUGUGGAAUGAGGGACUUCUGCUGUGACCCUGGGGCUUGUUCAGAUCCCUGCUAUUGGAAGCAGUUGGCCAGAAAUACUUGCCAAUACUGCCAAAGCACUGCAGUAAAAUGUGAAAUACUUUUUUAAAAAAAUGAUAUUCUUUCUGUUAAUAUUUUUACUGUUCUUUUAACAUUGCAUGAUUUGGCGUCAGACGUCAUAACUUCAUGUGGUUUGAAAGUUGAAAUAAAGAAGUGUUGUGCCA